AUGGCUGCAAUGAAUCCUCCAACAGCUGCAAUGAGGACUUCGCUGGAUGCCGAAGUGGCCGAAAUCCAACUUCGCGUGGAUACUGGCUGGCUUUCCAAAGAGGAAGCUCAUAAGUUGAAGACCCUGUUGAAAAUGGGCCAGAGUAUCGUGCGAACUUCGGAUAAGGACCGGAAUUGGACCCACAACACUGACGCCUUGCUCAAGGAAUACCUCUUAGUCAGGGAGGAGAACACGCCGCUAAAGAAGGUUCUGAAUGCAAUUGGCUACUCUUGGCUACAGAGGCAGCUGAGGGCAGCAGAUGCGAAGAAGGAAGCGGUGAAUACGAGCCUCUUCGUGCACAUUGUGGAAUCGGACUACUUCGAAUCUGCCAUGGGGCUGGUGAUGUUCGCCAAUGCGAUCAUGAUUGGCUUUCAAGUGUCCAGCACAGAUGAUGACGAAAACAGCGCACAUAUUUAUGAAAUCCUGGACUUUGUCUUCACCACCAUUUUUGUGGUCGAGCUGGUCUUACGAUACUGUUGCGAGGGGUGGAGGUGGUGGUUUCGGGGCUCUAACAUCUUCGACGUCGUAGUUGUGCUGGCUACGAAUGUGAUUCCUGUGUGGAUCCUGGGCCCACUGGGAGUCGAUCCUGCCUUGGUACGGCCAUUUGCAGUCCUCCGGCUAUUUCGGCUGGUGAAGCUGAUGAAGUUCAUUCGCAAGUACCGGAGCCUGCGUACCUUGUGGAACCUGUUCCAGGGUGUUCUGGGAAGCGGCAAGAUCUUGCUCUACACGGUCCUUGUCAUGGGUACGACGCUCUUCAUCUGGUCCGUGCUGGCUGUCGUCUUAAUAGGCCAGGACCCAAGGUCGAAAGACCAUCCGGACGUGAUCCUGUACUUCUCGAACGUGCCCGACGCGGUGUUCACCCUGUUCCAGAUUGUAACCAUGGACAGUUGGACAGCCAUCUCCCGGCCCAUUGGGGCACUCAACCCCAUCGCCGCCCUGGUCAUUGGCUUCAACAUCCUCAUCGUGGAGCUCUGCCUCCUGAACCUGGUCACGGCCACGAUCGUGAACGCGGCCUUUCAGAGGCAGCAGGACGACCACGAGAUGGUCGCCAGGGAGCAGAAGAUCAAAAGCGACAGGCUCAUCGACGAGGUUCGGACGCUCUUCAUGGAGAUGGACAAGAGUGGGACGGGGAGCCUCAACCAUGAAGAGUACCUGGACGCUGUGAGCGAAAAUCCUCAGAUUCAGACCAAGCUCAUCACGUUGGAGAUCGACGAUGCCGAGGAACUCUGGGACUUGAUCGACCUGGGUACGGGAAGCAUCGAGGUAGAGCAGUUCGCGCAGGGGCUCCGUAUCAUUGCUGGGGAGGUCAAGGCGAAAGAUCUCUUUACCAUCAACCGGCGGGUGGGCAAUGCCCUCAAUCGCCUGCAGGUGGCAGAGCGUGAGAUGGAGCGUCAGGUAAGCCUGGCCGAUGAGAUGCAGAGCGACAUCCAGGCGGUCACGCGUCAGCUUACCAAGUCUACACAAAACCUCGUGAACUUUAUGCACAACGUCUCCCGCUGCAUUCCCCGGAGCAAGGUCCUGCUGAAACCCUCCGCGGCAGAAGAGCAAAGGAUCGAAAUUCUGGACAAGGUCAAACCCAUCCUGGGGCCUAACAUGGGGCAGGUCUCCAGGCUCUUCUUCUCCAACCGCGGAAAGCGCGCAAUGCAGAGGAAGCAUGUCAACAUUACUGGCACCAGCCGGCCCAGAAGCGACCGUAACAUGCUGGUUGCCAGCCAGUGUUUCCGCUACAUGGACGUGAAUGAAUUGCGGACUCCUGACACCAGAACAAAGAGGACAGAGGGCUUACAAGGCUUAGUGGCUUGGGAUGUGGGCUUCACUUUUUGGGAGAAGAAGGUGGGAGCUAGCAAACUUACGGGUUUCUCUGAGCUGCUGGCUUGCCCGCUGCCAGGCUACAGCCCAGGACAGAUCGUGGAGGAUGACCUAAGAGUUGCCGCAGAGCCUUUCGAAGACCCCAGCGUUAUGAAGAUCCAGCCAGGCAUGCCGUCGCCUGCCGAACAUCUCAUGGACGUGCUCGGCGCUCGACAAAUCUUGCCCAUGUUGGGCAAAGCAAGUCGCACACCGGAAGACGGAUUCCCGCCAUCCAUGCGCAUGAACGUGCAGGGGUCGCUGGUCUUCAGUCCCGCGCGGCCCGCGGACCCUCCGCUCGGGUUCGAGCCGCUGCUUCUUGAGGUGCUUCCCACCCUCGAUGCGGCUCAGACGUCCACGCUCGUCCUCAUGGCAGGUGCGACCGCAUCGACCGCAGAGGUGAAGAUGGCAGGCCAGCUGAUGCCAGGGUCUCUGCCGCUGUGCCGCCUGGACGACUGUCAUGACGUGGUAUUCAGCGGUUCCUCUGUAAGCUCGACGCCGGGCACCAUCAUCGAUGAGGCCGAAGGCCUGCUCUCCUGUCCACUUCCACAGGCCAGUUCAGUGUGGGCCGGGCUCUCCGGGAGAUCGACAUGCAACCUUCGGGUAUCGCUGAAUGGAGGGGUUCACUGGUCGGAGCCCCCUCUGGCGCUGACGGUGCUCGCCCAGCCCACCCUGUUCGACGCAUCGGAGGUCCGAACCAGUGCGGAUAAGUUCUGUGAAGAGUGCACCAUCCUCGACCUGGUCGGAAGCCACUUCAACAAUGCGGUCGGAAUCAACAAUGACCGCUCGCCCCGAUGCUUUCUGGGAGAUUUCGAGGGCACUGUCCUCUCCGUCACGCACAACGUCACGAGCUGUUCCUUCCACGGUGGCCGGGUGCGACUGCGGCCAGACAAAGCCUCCGGAGCCGUCGCCCGGCCGGAUAGCAGCGACUUGCCGGUUUUUGAGGUGCGGGUGAUCUUGGACGAUGUCUUCGUGCCCACUGAAGUGGAGAGGUCCGUGCUGGAAGGCAGCGCCUCUUUCUACAGCCAGGACGUGUACUGCCAAUGGCACGUCUAUGCCAUCAGCGGAGAAGGUGUCGGCAGCCUUCCUGUCUUGAUCGACGCCGGGCAGCCCACCUUUGCGAUGCGCUGCGCCGCCGACCCGGAGGCGGAACGCUUCUGCAGUUGCAGUCAGACCGCUGUGGGAUGCGGCCCUCACGAGCACCUGGUGACUUGCAUGUCCCCUGUGCUGCCUACGGAGCUGGCUGAGGCCCGCAAUGUGGAAUACGAAGCCAAGCUGCUUCUCUCCGUGGACUCGGGCAGGUCGUGUGCUUGCAACAAGGGUUUAGGGUUUAGGGUUUAG